CCAACGGUUCUUAACUAAAACACAAUACGACAAAUAAGUUACUUGUUAUACUUUUUGAGUUACCUUUGUUAAAAAAUAUUUUAUUGUUGAAAUCCGCGCGGCAGCUAGAUGAGGUAGCCAGCUUGAAAUCUCAAGUAAUGCAAGACACAAAUAACUUACGAUGACAUUUGAAGCAAAACGAUGCGGAGUGCAGUUUAAUCCCCCCUCCGUUAUCUUAAUUUAUGAACACAAAGAAACAAAUAAGAUGCGCAAAAGAAUAAUACCUGUACGGAGCUUCUCUAAGUUUUCAGACUGUGGCACGGCUGCUGAAAGGCUCAAGAACCACAUGCGGCACAAGGUGUAUUUGGAGGGGGUUUCACUAAGUCUGCUGGAGAGGCUUCAUAUUAUACUGCGGGACCACAUGUUAGGAUACAGUCUAGAGCACAGUCUUGCCUCAUUCCGUGUGGACCCAAACGAAGACCUUAAUAAAUUAGAUGAUCAGUUACUGGCUCUCAAGAAGGGUCAAAUGGAUGAAGUCUUUGAGCGUAACCGAAAGCACAAAGAUGACCUUGACUUUGUCUAUGACCUUCAAGUGGAGUUUGCCAAGACUACUCAAGACAGGUGCAGCUGGGAUGAAGAGUCAGAUGAUGGAUUCUGA